AACAAUCGUGAAAUAAUGUCUUCGAAAAAAGCAAUUCAACAAUUCUUGAGUCGAAAUUCUUUCGAACUAUAUUUAGGUAUAUGCAUUCGUGCGUAGACGGCAUGUUGCAGCUAAAAGAUAAAGAGUAAAACACGAUUAAAAUACGGUUUCUUUUCCUUUCUUGUUACGGUUUCAAAAGCGCAUAUUCAUCUCGCAGCAUUAUGAAAACUGAUCGUGGCAACGACACACAUCUCAACGCUUUUAUUUCAUCCAAUACCGAGCCAUCCGGUGCGAUCGAGUAAUAAUUAUUACUGAACUCUCACUUACACCGAGUCGUUAAUAUAAUAUAUAACAUCGUCUGGCGAUAACGAUUCCGAACUAAUUGCUUCUCCUAUAUUACCAUUUCAUGUCGUUAUGUUAAAUAUUAGUACGGAUCAAAACACAGAAAUACAUGCACAAAGUUAAAACCAAUAAAACGCAAAUGCGUUUUCCCAUCACAUUCUCGAUAUUAAAUACAGCUAAAUUUAAUCCUUUGCAGAUCCUAUAUCAAAGUGAAUUCAAUAUGAUGGUUUACGGCAGUCUUUACCACGCCUUUUUUUCAAAGGUGCUCCAUUCGUUCGCGCGUGGAGUUGAAUUCCGGUUUUUGUAUUCGUAUAUCGAAUACACAAGCAUCCAAUACAAUAUGUUAUCUACAAAAUUCAGAAAGAGGGGGGGGGAGAGGAAAUGCAAAGUGGGAGGAGAGAGGAGAGGAAGAAAAAACUGAAUUUCAGUUCUAAAUAAACUUUUACAGCAUAGUGCACAAGUGAAGUCGUAAUGUUUUGAAAGGGCAACGUACCAGAAUCCGUUAUGUCAGACAAUUCUAUCAGCCAUCGGCAACUCGAUUCCACGGUUUUUACGCUCGCGAUCGUGGAAAGCGCGAGAUCAUUCAUGCGAUACGCACGGCACAGAUAAUAUCGCACCAUCCGAUCGAUAGUUUAGCUUAACGGCGAAGCGCAAUCGAUCAGCUGCCAUUGUUGACGAGCCCGAUCGACGAAAUCCGGCGUGACUUCCUUGAUGACGAAAAGAUGCUUUUACGUAAGACGACAGUGAAUGACACAAUCACCGAUUCUUUCUAAUUUCUUAGAUCAAUAGAUCUCUCAUUCGACAAUGGAUCUAAAAAUCUUGGAUAGGUAUUCGUACGAUUCAUACCGUUCUUUUCUUUGGCGACGACUACUGCGGAAGAUAUUGCGAAAUUAGCGAGGCACAAGCCAAAUUGUUCGUUUAAGUGAUUGGCCGACUUGCAAGAUCGAUACGAAUACAUGCAAUGCCUACUGCUUCUGUCAGAAGGAUUUUAUUUCAAAAGGUGGGAGUGAUAUAUAAAAGAUUCAGUGAGAUAGAUUGAACGGGCAAGGAAUCAUUGAAACCGACGAGAUUAAAGUAAUCUCCCGCGAGAUGUAUCGGAAACUGUUUGUGUCACUGCUCCCGCACCUGCUCAUUUGUAACUCUCUGGCCAGAUCUGUCAUUUAUGAAAAUGUCGAGGAUGAUGUCGCCGCUGUUGGUUCGCUCAUUCGCGAGGUACGUCAACCGGCGCCAUUAAAAGUCGCCGGGGAAUUGAGGGAUCUAAUGAGCGCCGGUAACGCACCGAAGUCACAAGAUAGUAAAAAACGCAUGAAAAACGCAUCUGGCAAAUCAGACGAGGGUGGUUACUACAGAACCUACGGGAGCGAUGCGGAGGGUGAGAAGGGUUACUUGAAGGAAACCUACGGUAAAGGUGAUCACGGCUACAAGACUCUCGACACCUUCCACAAACAGGAUGGCGACAAAUACGAGUUUGAAACGCAGACCACUUUCGGCAAGGCUCUUGCUAAUAAUGACGAGAAACGUCAGGAUGAAAAAAAGAAUGACCACGAGGGCGCAGGUACUAUGAUCGAUUCGGACACUGCCGGUGACGGUGAAGGAAGCGAAUACUAUACCGGAGGUGACGACGGAGAGCAUUAUAGUAGCAGCCAUUACACGGAGAAAGAACCGGAAUCUUACAGCCACAGCGAAAAUUAUUCCUCUGGUGAUGGUGACGACGGAUCUUACGAAACGCAUAGCUCUUACAGCUCUGAUGGGGACGAAGAUGAGGGAGAUCAUUAUUAAUUUUAUCAGCAUAUAAUCACGUUAACGCUCAGUCUAAAUUGAAGCUUUUUCUCAAUUUCAACCGCAACUUGUUAUCAUAAAUAUUUAAUAUUUUGUUACAUACAAAAUACGCACAUUAUUAUUGAAAUUAUCAAAAAUAAUAGUGUAUAUUCACCCUCUUUCUCUCGUACAUAUGCAUAAAUUUUUCAUGAAAACGAUGCGGCUCGCGCUUAUGCAUACGCACGCAUACACAUUUUCUGUUACGUUACGAGCGAUUAAUGCUCACUUUGCAACUUAAAUUUGUAAUAUAGAUCGAUUGUAAUAAUAAUUUAUGCUUAAUAGCCAAUAAAGUAUCAUCCUCGAUACAUGUGUUAAUUUUA